ACUCACAAAGUAAAAUAACAUUUUCCCUCUUUUCUCCUAUCUUGAAACAGGUCCUGAUUGUUUCAGUUCCAAGAAUCUUGCACUGCAAGCCCAGAAAAAGAUCCUGAGUAAAAUGGCAACCAAAACCAUGGCUAACAUGCUGAUCGAUGACACCAGCAGUGAAAUCUUUGAUGAGCUGUACAAAGUAACAAAGGAGCACACAAGAAACAAAAAAGAAGCUCAUAAAAUCAUGAAGGACCUGAUUAAAGUGGCAAUAAAAAUUGGGAUCCUCUAUCGAAAUAAUCAGUUCAACCAAGAAGAGCUGGAAAUUGUAGACAAGUUCAGGAAGAAGCUGAACCAAACUGCCAUGACAAUUGUCAGUUUCUAUGAGGUAGAAUACACAUUUGACAGAAAUGUUCUUGCAGAACUUCUGAAUGAAUGCAAAGACCUUGUGCAUGAACUAGUAGAGCGGCACCUGACACCAAGGUCCCAUGGGCGUAUCAACCAUGUCUUCAAUCAUUUUGCAGAUGUGGAAUUUCUGACUGCCCUGUACAGCCUUGAUGGGGAUUGCCAGCCUUACCUCAAAAAGAUUUGUGAUGGUAUCAACAAACUACUUGAUGAGAAAGUCCUUUGAAACUUCACUUAAAGAAGCCGCCAACCAAAAACUUCUAUCUGUACCUGGUCACUCUUCAUGAGCUAUGAUGAGCAUGUGGGCUUCCUUCUUAUCAUUUUCUUACUACAGUCUCCAACAGGAACCAGAACGUGCUCACUUGGCUCAUGAUGAGGUAGAAAAUCUAAAUCAGAAAGCUAUCAAUUUUAAUGUUUUCUUCACAGAAAAAAAAGUUUUUGCAAGGAGUGGAGUGAACAAGUUUGCUGGUAUAUGCUUUUCAGAAACAGAUUGC